AUGUGCUGCGGGAGCGUCCGACGCAUGCGUGGGAGGGGGACGCGGUCCGGGACCCGGCAGCGGUCGGACGCCCUAGGACCCCCCAAAGGUGCCACGGGGUUCCUGACCGGGAGCGCCUGUGAACGAUGUCCCCGGUGCCGUGGGGUGUCCCCGCCCCACGGGGGCCGACACGGGGACCGAUGGGCGGGGCCGCGGGGCGGGACCAGCACUGCGAUAACGGGACUGGAGUCAGCGGACCAGGACCGGCACUGGCACAGAGGCACGGAACUGGGGCCGUGCCGGGCCGUGCCGCGGGUUCAUGCCUUCGGAAAGGGGGAGCAGGCACUGCGCAGGGACCCCCGGGACCCCCCCGCUUUGAGGGGCUGGCUGCUCAAGCAGGACAGCUCGGGGCUGCGGCUCUGGAAGCGGCGCUGGUUUGUCCUGGUCGACCUCUGCCUCUACUACUACCUGGACAGCAGCGAGCAGCGGGUGCGGGGUGGCCUCCCCCUGCCCGGCUACGAGAUCCGCAUCCUGCCCCGCGCUCCCCGCGCCCCCCGGUUCCUCUUCACGGCUGAGCACCCCGGGAUGAGAACGUACUGCCUGGGGGCCGAGACUCCCAAGGAGCGCAGCGAGUGGGUCAGAGCCCUGCGGCGGGGGGCGGCAGCCCUGCCCCGCUCCCCAUUCUCCCUGCAGGCAUCUGAGGAACCCGAGACUACAGGUCCCCCCACGCCCCCGCUGCCCAGUCCUCCCCUGAGAGAGGAGCUGGGGGCACCCCCCACGCCCCCUCCUCGCUGCUUCCCAGUCCCUCCAGUGCCCUCCAGCAAGGUGAUAACAGUGAGGAGCACGUCGCAGGAAGGGCUUCUGGGGCAGGCUGGGGGACCUGUAGAGCAGGGGGGGCUGUGGGGCAGGAGGAAUUUACGGGACGGGAGCAAGAGCAAUGGGGCAGGAGGAGACUCCGGGGCAGACCGCGGGGGACCGCCACAGGGCACUCCGCAGCAGCGGUUGGCCCUCACCGCGAGUUCUUCGAUCCCAGGAGGGGAUCCCCGCCCAGACAGGGCCUGGCAGACCGGAGCAGAGCCGGGGGGCGCCGCGGAGACCCCCCCUCCCCACCGAGGCAGCCACAGGUGGGUCCCAGCCCCUGCCCCGCUCCCCGCCCGCGGGAAUCCCCGCAGGCCCCGCCCCAUCGUGGCCCCGCCUCCCCGCAGGGAAGAGCCACCCGAAGCCCCGCCCCCCAGGAGCAGCCACGCCCCCGCGGCGGGCCGGCAGCGCGCCGGAUGCGGCAGAGCAAGAGACUACAGCCAAUCAGACGCUGCGCUCCCAAACCGGCUCUCCUGAUUGGCUGCUGGCACUGGAGGACUCAGAUGAGGACCUGCUGUCGCAGGGCCCCGCCUCCACCCUGUCAGCCAAUGAGACUUCGCCGU